AUGAACCGCCUGGAGAUUUCAGCUGGCAAGCACGCCUCGGCGUUCGGGCAGCUCGUCACUGGACCUCCUGGAGCGGGGAAGACGACCUACUGCAAUGGGAUGCACCAGUUCCUUACGGCCCUGAAACGACCUGUACAUAUAAUCAACCUCGAUCCGGCCGUCCCCAAUCCCCCUUAUCCAUGCGCUAUCAACAUCUCCGAAAUCGUCACCCUCGACGAGGCCAUGGCGGAGCACGGCCUCGGACCGAACGGCGCCAUGCUGUACUGCGUGGAAUACCUCGAGAAGAACUUUGACUGGCUGGUGGAGAGACUGGAUGAAGUUCUGGAGAAGCAGGGAGGGGGAUACGUCAUCUUUGAUACGCCAGGACAGGUGGAGUUGUGGACGAAUCAUGAUAGUUUGAAGAGGAUCGUGGAGCGGUUGAUGAAGAUGGAGUACAGGUUGGCCGCUGUGCAUCUCAGCGACGCCCAUUAUAUCACCGACGGCUCGAAAUUCAUCUCGGUCGUUCUGCUCGCUUUGAGAGCUAUGAUGCAGCUGGAGAUGCCGCACAUCAACGUUUUGAGCAAGAUUGAUCUCCUAUCCACAUAUGGACAGCUCCCAUUUGAUCUCAAAUACUAUACCGAGGCUCGGGAACUCGGCUACCUCCUCAACAGUCUGGAGGCGGGGCCAAGGAGUAAGAAGAUGGAGAAGCUGAAUCGAGCGAUGGUCGAGCUGGUAGCGGAGUACAGCAUGGUGGGGUUCGAGACAUUGGCUGUUGAGGACAAACAAUCCAUGCUGCAACUCCUUCGCCAAAUCGAUAAAGCUACCGGCUACAUCUUCAUUCCUCCUUCCUCUACCUCAGGCGGGGGCUCGACCGACCUCCUCGAUAACGCAUACGCCCUUUUCUCUACCGGCGCAGGCGACGUGCCCGGCUGGGAUGUCAAUGAUGUCGAGGAGAGAUGGGGAGAGAGGAAGGCCGAGUGGGACGAAGUGGAGAGGGAAGAGUGGAAGAGAGAGCACGAGAGGAGAGCGGAGAGCGGGAUGGAACAAGAUUGA